GACGUCAGGCAGCACUCGGUUUUAGUGCGCAGUACAAGCUUGCGGGAGGAAGCAUGGCGACGGUCCGAACCCCAGGACGCCCACGAUUCCUCUCACUCUUCUGCUCUCGCCAAUCCCUUCCUCCCUUCUAGUUCUGCUCUUUCUCGCCGAGUUGCGUGGCUUCCUCGAUGGAUCCGGGCAGGGUUUGGUUGUCCGAGGUGCUCGUGCUGCUUCUGCUUGCUCCUGCUUCGUUCGUCCACGGCGGAGACAUCGUGCACGAGGACGACGAGGCACCGAAGCUACCCGGAUGCUCGAACAACUUCGUCCUGGUGAAAGUGCAAACCUGGAUUAACAGCAGAGAAGAUGCUGAAUUUGUCGGUGUUGGCGCUCGAUUUGGCCCUACAAUAGUUUCAAAAGAGAAGUAUGCCAACAGAACGCGUAUUACUCUCUCAGAUCCUUCUGAUUGCUGCACUGCCCCUAAGAAAAUGCUUGCUGGAGAGGUACUGUUAGUGCAUCGUGGGAACUGCAAAUUUACAACAAAGGCAAUGGUUGCAGAAGCUGCUGGUGCUUCUGCUAUUCUCAUAAUUAAUGAUCGUAAAGAGUUAUACAAGAUGGUCUGUGAUAAAAGUGAAACAGAUUUGAAUAUUGGUAUUCCUGCAGUUAUGCUUCCACAAGAUGCAGGUGCUAGCUUGGAAACCAGUCUUCAACAUGCUUCUGCUGUUGCUGUGCAACUCUAUUCUCCAGAUCGUCCUCUGGUUGAUACAGCAGAAGUUUUUCUGUGGUUUAUGGCAAUUGGUACCAUCUUAUGUGCAUCAUAUUGGUCAGCAUGGAGUGCUAGAGAAGCAUUAAUGGAGUAUGAAAAGUUAUUAAAGGAUGCCCCAGAGGAGUUGAUGAACAUGGAAGCUACAGGAUCCAAUGGCAUAGUGGACAUCACCACAACCUCAGCUUGUUUGUUUGUUGUGAUUGCUUCAUGCUUCUUAAUUUUACUUUACAAACUCAUGUCAUUCUGGUUUGUGGAGCUUUUGGUGGUUCUGUUUUGCAUUGGUGGUGUAGAGGGUCUACAAACAUGCUUGGUAGCUUUGUUAUCACGUUGGUUCAAACGUGCUGGAGAAUCUUUCCUUAGAGUUCCCUACUUUGGAGACGUCUCCUACCUAACACUAGCUCUCUCUCCACUAUGCAUUGUCUUUGCUGCUGUAUGGGCUGUCUAUCGCCGUGAAUCCUUUGCAUGGAUCGGCCAAGAUAUCCUGGGCAUUGCAUUGAUUGUCACAGUUCUCCAAAUUGUUCGAGUACCUAACCUUAAGGUGGGCACUGUGCUUCUCAGUUGUGCUUUCUUGUAUGACAUCUUUUGGGUUUUUAUCUCAAAGAGGUGGUUUCAUGAAAGCGUAAUGAUAGUGGUAGCACGAGGGGAUAGGACCGCCGAGGAUGGUGUGCCUAUGCUACUUAAGAUGCCUCGCUUGUUUGAUCCAUGGGGUGGAUAUAGCAUUAUUGGUUUUGGUGAUAUCCUUUUACCUGGCCUGAUAAUUGCCUUUUCAUUAAGAUAUGAUUGGGCAGCAAAUAAGAGCCUACGAGCUGGUUACUUCUUGUGGUGCAUGGUGGCUUAUGGAUCUGGUCUGCUUAUCACUUACAUCGCUUUGAAUUUGAUGGACGGACAUGGUCAACCAGCCUUGCUUUACAUUGUGCCAUUCACGUUAGGAACAUUUUUGUUCCUCGGGUGGAAAAGAGGAGGGCUUCGAAACCUAUGGAUACAAGGAGAUCCACCAAGAGUCUGUACGCAUAUUCAACAUUCCCGAGUAAGAAUCCUCAAGGAAAAUGUGAGCUCAGGAAGGUCACUGAAUGCGAUGUAGAUGUAGUGUUUUAGCUUGUAUCUUGACAAUUGAUAAUGUGUUUCCGAAAUGUCUACAGGUUAUGUAGUGUCUUGUUCUUGUAACGACGAGCAGUAUAAGAAGUUCGAUUUAACAUGAAGCCUUUUUGGUAUAGUGGAUGCGAUAGCUUUCCCUUUAA